AUGGUGACAGAAGAGUCUCCUGAGCAGAAAACAGAUCAUGAGUGGCUGCUCAGUCCUAAAAGUGAAACAUCCUUUAUCCUGCCGACUUCCCAAGCCGUGUUCGACUGUUCCGGAAAGAGGGACUACUUCUACAAGGACGAUUUCAACUGUUUCACAUACUACGAGUGUCGCUUCGGGCAGCUGGUGGGGACGUACUCCUGCUCACUGGGGUACUUCUUCUCUCAGGAUAAUGUGGGUUGCAUCUCGGCUACCAGGCUAAUAAAGGACGGGUCGUGUACCCUUUACGGAUACCGUGCUGGCAUGGCGCCCGAAGGACCUUUCAUCUGUCCGAGAGCUGGCAUGUUUGCUUUAGCCAAGAACUGCUCCCUGUACAUCUUCUGUAGCCGCCCGGACGUGGAGGGGAACACUCUGCAGUGCCCGAAUCAGUUCUUUUUCAACCAGACCAUGGGAUCUUGUCGCUGGCGAGGCCACUUCAAAGACUGCCUUGAAGAUGGGACUCGGAUCACGCCAACACCACCUCCAACAACCACGCCGAGGCCUACACAGUGGAAUCCCUGGCGAAGAACAACAAAAAGAAUCACAACCACGCGUGCUCCGACCACCACAGGAAAACCUUGCUUUAAAGAAGGCUUAAAGACUGUGGACAUUGAAGACUGCAGCGGCUUCUAUAUCUGUAACAAUUUGGUCUGGGUUCGAUACCAAUGCCCGCCAUUGUUGAUGUAUAACAAUAAGACCGGCGUCUGCCAGUGGGAUGUGAAGGUGGACACCUGCGACAAAGGGAAGUUUAUAUGGACAACAACAACAACAACAACUGUGUCAACGACCACAACUCAAGGAUACCGUGCUGGCAUGGCACCCGAAGGACCUUUCAUCUGUCCGCGAGCUGGCGUCUUUGCUGUUGCCAAGAACUGCUCCCUGUACAACUUAUGUUACCGCGCGGACGUGGAGGGGAAAACUCUGCAGUGCCCGGAACAGUUCUUUUUCAAUGAGACCGCGCAAUCUUGUCGCUGGCCAGGCCACUUCAAAGACUGCCUUAGAGAUGGGACUCGGAUCACAGCAAAACAACCUCCAAGUUAG